GUGUACGUCAAGUUGCUGCGCACGAAGGAGGCGUCGGAGACGCUGGUGAAGCUUCAACAGGACGUGGCGCACGUGAAUGCCACGCUCAAUGCGAAGGUGGUUCUCAGGGUAUACUCUGAUCGCGGAGGUGAGUUAAUGAACGUGCAGCUGGAGAAAGGGGAUGCCGACAACAGGAUCCAUUUCACCACCACUGAAAGCCGUGAUCCGGCGGCAAACGGAUUGGCGGACAGGCUUGUAGGCCUCAUCAAGCAAACGGCGCGGGCGUUGCUCGUGGCGAGCAGCUUACCCACGCAUUUUUGGCCGUUCGCGGUGAAGUACGCGGCGCUCGGGACGAUGGUGUACGCGCGCCUGAAGGCCGCUUACGUCUUGUGCGACAACGGCUACGUGGAUACGAAUUCGGUCGUCAGCGAGAGGCUGGGCGACAUCGUGAAGAACGGCAAGGAGAGCGAUACUGCUAGGCAAGAAGAUCUCGUUCUGAACCAGGAGGUGCCCGCGCCCGAAGCUCAACUUGUCUUCGACGUGGAAGAGCUCCC